ACGUGGCUAGGAAACUGCGCCAAUAUGGCGGCUUACUGGAGGAUGUCGCUUUGUUUAUACCCCAAACUCCAGCUCUUUUUGUUCUGUUUAAUUUAUUGUAAUUUAAAUUGUAUGUUAGCGACCGAAGUGGAAGACUGCACAAACCUACGCCUGGGACAAUACCGGUGUAAAGACCCUAAAAUAGAUGAUGCCACCCAAGAGCCUGAAAAUUGCAAGCACUCUUUCGCCUGGGUGGAAUGCCUGCCAGCCCCCAAUGUCACCUGCCGCCUUCCCAACAAGACACAUUUUAAAUUCAGUGGGGAGGAAGUUGGAUUCAACAAAAGUAUCCCUUGUCGAAAUGUGAAUGGCUAUUCGUACAAAGUGGCGGUGGCCCUCUCUCUCUUCCUGGGCUGGCUGGGGGCCGAUCGUUUCUACCUAGGCUACCCUGCUUUAGGUUUGCUGAAGUUCUGCACCGUGGGCUUCUGUGGCAUCGGCAGCCUGGUGGACUUCAUGCUGAUCUCCAUGCAGAUUGUGGGUCCUUCGGACGGCUCCAACUACAUAGUGGACUAUUAUGGUGCCCGUCUGACCCGGCUGUCCAUCACCAACGAGACGUACAGGAGGACUCAGCUCUCGCCCUGAAUGCUGGCGCCAGGUGGAAAAUAAUCAGCACAAGAUCUGAAUUACUGAUUGAAACAAGACUUAUUCUUUUUUGUUUCUUGAAGACACUCCAGACCCGAGAGAGGAAAUUGAGUCGUGUUUUAUGGCGAGAGAGACUGAAGGAAUUUCUUUGUGGCACCUUAAGCUCCAAACCUGGGAUGCUGAUGCUGAUACUGAGCCCUUGUCCCUUGUCCUGAGUCCGCUUAGGCCCGGAUAUCAUAAGCAGUGUCCUGCCGCAGGGGCCCUGCAGUCUGUUUGUGUUCAUCCCCACUGUUCCUGUUGUCAUGGACCUGAAGGUAUCAGCCUGUUAGGAAACGCCCCAGUGCUGUCAGCUGUCACAGUGCCGAGCUGUAAAUAAAGUCAGCGAGGAAAUGUC